UUGAGCAGCACUCGAGCUUGGAGACCAUGAAGAUCUUUAUCCUGACCGUCGCCCUGGUGGCUGCAGCCCAUUGUGGCCCAGUACCAGAGCCUAAGGCCAAGGCCGCCCCCGGCUACUUGGGAGGCUUCGGAGGAGGUCUGGGAGGCUACGGAGGCGGCUUCGGCGGUGGCUUCGGUGGCGGCUUAGGCGGUGGCGCCUUGGGAGGCGGAUUUGGCGGCCUGGGCUUCGCCGCCCCCGCCAUCGCCGCCGCCCCCGCCAUCGCCGCCGCCCCCGCCAUCGGCAUCGCCGCCGCUCCAGCCACUGUGGUACGCACCCGAGUGGUGCCCGGACCCACCCAGCUGGUGCAGCCGCCCCCAGUGCUGCAGAGGCAGGUGAUCCAGCCUCCCCCCAUCGUGCAGACCCGCCUCAUCCAGCCCCCUGCCCAGCUGGUCCAGGGACCGCCCCAGGUCAUCCACGAGCAGACGCCGGCGGUGAUCAAGACGGCGGUGCCCGCCAUCGCGGCCGCACCAGCCGCCGCCGCCACCUCCUACUCGUCGGUCCAGGUGUCGCACCCCGCCGUCGGCAUCGCCGCCGCUCCAGCCAUCGGCCUGGGCUACAAGGCGCUGCUGCACUGAACAUCACACGUCGUAA